CCUGCAUACUUCGCGCCCAGUCUGCCUCUGCGCUUUGUCGAGAGAGGGCGGCGCGCGCGCAGCUAUAUUAAAAAAAAAUAUCUAGGUCGCGCUCAUGUGAUAGUACACAUUUCUCUCACUUAUGAGAAAAGUGCACGGUGACCACACCACGUAAAUCCUAACGGUUUCAUCCAUUCUACAGUUUUUAGCGCAUGUGCGAUGACAGAAAUCUGAAGUGUUUAAAAACAACGGGUUUAUCUAUGUGGGCUACGUGAUAUUGUGGAGUGUUGAAGUUUUGUGUUAAUAAAACGCGGAUAUAUUGUCCGCGGGUGUUUCUUGGAAUAGCCGAAUUGAUUUUUGUGAAUGAGUCAGCUAACGGGCGUCGGUAUUGUUAACUUCGUCAACGUCCUGCCCACGAUCUCGGAAGGCGUGACAAUGCGGGAAAAACGGGGAGGCGCGAUGAGCAAAAUGCAAAAGCUCAGAAAGCGCCUGUCCCUCAGCUUCGGUAGAUUAUCAACAAAAGACGAGUCGGAAGGCGAGAGCGAGUGUCGCGGCCGGCAGAACGGCGGCGGCGGCGCGCGCGGCAAGCUGCCGUACAACGGCUACUCGGAGGAAUGCCUCGACCGCUUGGAGCCCAACGGGAAUAUACCCAACGAUAAGGAUUCACAUUAUGACUGGAGUGGCGGUGGAAACGGUGAAUAUCGUGUCCGAAGACAGCUGUCAGUAUCAUCAGACUCGAAAUUGUUGGACGAGGGAGCGAGGGAGGACGCGAGGGUCGUCAUGAGGCCGAAGCGACCACCUAGGCCCAAGUCUGAGGCGUUCCUUGGGCCACACGAAAACUCAAAUAGACGCACCAAGCGAUUUAGUGCCUUUGGGGGUGACUCUCCGUUCGGGAAAUCCGAGGCGUAUAUAAAACUGGAGCAACUCGGCGAAGGGUCUUACGCUACGGUUUAUAAGGGUUAUAGCAAUUUAACGCAGCAAGUCGUUGCGCUAAAGGAGAUAAGACUACGGGAGGAGGAAGGUGCACCGUUCACGGCGAUACGCGAGGCGUCGCUCCUAAAGGAGCUGAAGCAUGCGAACAUCGUGACGCUGCACGAUAUCGUGCACACUAGGGAGACGCUUACAUUCGUGUUCGAGUUUGUGGACACGGAUUUAUCACAAUAUAUGGAGAGGCAUCCCGGCGGACUCAACCGUCACAACGUUAGGCUGUUUAUGUUCCAAUUACUUCGAGGCUUGUCUUAUUGUCAUCUGAGAAGAGUUUUACACAGGGAUGUGAAACCUCAGAACCUAUUAAUAAGUUCGCACGGAGAACUCAAGUUGGCAGACUUUGGUCUCGCCAGGGCGAAGUCGGUUCCCAGUCAUACGUACUCGCAUGAAGUUGUCACGUUAUGGUACAGGCCACCAGAUGUACUACUGGGCAGCACCGAGUACUCGACGUCGCUGGACAUGUGGGGCGUGGGCUGCAUCUUCGUGGAAAUGCUCUGCGGCGUGCCCACCUUCCCCGGCGUCCGUGACAGCGACGACCAGCUCGAUAAGAUAUUUAAAGUGCUGGGCACGCCGACGGAGGAGAGCUGGGCGGGCGUGAGCCGGCUGGGCGGGCUGCGCGCGCACACGGCGCGCUGGGGCUGGUGCGCCGCGCGGCCGCUGGGCGCCGCGUUCCCGCGCAUGCGCGACGCGGGCCGCGACGCGCAGCGCCUCGCCGCCGCGCUGCUGCAGCCCGACCCGGCGCGCCGCCUGCCCGCGCCGCGCGCCAUGCGCCACGACUACUUCGCCGCGCUGCCGCCGCGCCUCGCCGACCUGCCCGACGAGGUGUCAAUAUUCACGGUGGAGGGCGUGUGCCUCCACCCCGAGGAGUAGGAGCCCACCGAUGCGAACUUUUAGUUGAAUCUUUGUUCCUUGAUAUCGUCGACAUGCGAAAAGCGACACGUUCAUUAGUUAGUACGUUUCAAUUCCUAUAGUUUAAAUGGUCGGAAAUCUGGUUGAAUUGUUUCGGUGGACCAAAAUUUCGUGAUACUCCCUCCCCGCCCCCCCCCACCCCGCGUGCGGGAGGCAUUCAAUGCCGGCGGCGUUUUGUUCGGCCCCCCCCUAGCUACGGUACGGCGUAUGCUGCGAUAUAUUAACUGGAUUGUUCAAUUUUCACUAUCGUUUAUAUUUGGUUUUAUAAAGUCACAAAAUGUAUGAAAAUGUUUUAGAUGUGUUUCGAUAUGAAAAACUGUACACGGAACAGGGACGGGGUGGACAGAGAUGGAGACAUAAACGCAUUUGCCGUCCUUGUCUCGCAACGCAAAAACCAACUGUCAUUAUACCGUGUUAUUUUUUAUGUAUGAACAAAACUGAGUUAUUUGUUGGUGAAAAUUUAUAUGAAUAGUGUUUGAAGUUUGUAUAUCGCGGUGUUUAGGCAUUUGGAGGCGAGUCGUCCGCCGACAGUGUCGCGCUUGUUAAGCUUCUAAUAUCCAUCCAUAUGAUUCAAUUAUUCUAUGGUGACAAGGUAAUCGUUAGGUGUCGAGUGUAUUAUAUAAACGGAGCAGUGUGCCAUGUAUUGUAUUGUAUUGUAUUGUAUCUAUAACUGAGAGCGACGAUUUAUUUUAAAAGUAUUUUUAUGCUGGAUAAUAUAUCUUAUAUUAUGCUCAUAAUUUUUGGGAGAAAUUUUGAAGAUGUUUAUCUGUAUCUAAUAAGCGAUUGUAAGUGAUGACACGCAGUCUUAUGAGAGAUAGAUGCGCUUUGAGCACUCAAGUUUAAAUUGAACGCAACAUUUUUUUUUUCUUACAUAUUUUUCGUAAAUUCUCGAUGAAUUGCACAUUCCUUCCAAAGUGCUCAAUAGUGUGUUUAGGAAUAUUUCUACAUUAAGCCUAUCUGGUGCCGCGAUGCCUCAUCGAAGAAUGACCACAGUACUGAAUGAACGAUUAAAAUGAUAUUUUUGUUAUGAUUUACAUAAUGAUGCAAAUCGAAAUACUAUUUUAUUUAUUAAAUUUAUAUUCAAAAUGAAGAUUUACGAUACCAUAACAUCGGUCGGUAAGCGUAAUGCAGAUAUAUAGUCGGGUUACACUAUUUUAUUAACCGUCUUUUAAAUUGCCUUUCGGAAUAUCGAGCGAUGGGCUGCUUGCAGUGGUACCGUGUGAAUUGAACGUCAACCGAAAUCUAUUUAGCGUUAGUCCCGCCAAUUAGGUUUAACCACAGAUUAAGUAAAAAAACAAAAAAAAAAAAAUUACGGUAUUGAGAAAAAACGUUGGUUUUAAAUAGCAUUUAGAUUUAUCCAUCGACUCUGAAGUAAUACAAUACAAUGGGUUAUUUGAAUCACGGUUUAAUCUUGGGUUACAUCUAAUGGGUGCGACUUGAGUAUCGCGUCAGAUCUCAGAUGUAAGUGUGGGACCGUCCUGUAUUGAUAGGGAUAUUAAACAAUUACUAAAUGGAGGGUUAGGUUAUAUAUUGAGAGAGUGCCGUCGCAUGACUAGGAAAAUUUACCUGUUUAGUGAAUUAGGUCCCCCACGAUAAGGUUAGCAUAUUAGCUAUCGGCGCGAUCACAACUUCAGAUUUUUUCAGACGGUAUUUAGGAAAAUAAAAUGCUUUUUGAUUAUUUCCAUUGGAGUUUUUAGUUGUAGUCGGAUACCGCGAAAGGCAAUAUGUUCGACGUAGGAGGGAUUGUUAGUUAACAGCCCCUGGGAAUGUAAAGAAUAUGAAAGUAUUUUUAUUUCUUUACUGUAAAUCAAAACAGCCAAUCAGUUUCUUUUUCACAAUUUCUCUGUAUUCGUACAGCUAACGUGGUUACAUAAUAAGACUCCCUUACCAAAAACCUCAACGAACUUUUAUUUCUAAUAAUAAGCAUAAUAUGCCAUUCGCACGUUUAAAAUUUCUCUUAUUAUUUUUAACUGUUGAAAUAGUAUAAGUGAAUAGUAAAAGGAUUAAUUUGAGUUGUGAUUGCGCCGGUUUAGGGAAGUAUACGUAGAGUAGCGUAGUAACGAGCUUUAGACACGUUAACUCCGAGUGGGGCGGGGGAGCGGUAUUGGGCGAAACUAAUGCUGCCUAGCAGCCGAAUUGUGGCAUUCAAUACUAUAUGAUAUAAUUAGAUAAUCCAUAUUAAAUUUCUUAGCAAAAAAAAAAUUGAUUCAUCAAAAUUUUUCACAUAUCGUUUCUUUCAAUUUCUUUCUUACAAUACGCAAUUAAAUAUAUCUAGCUCUGGGUAGUUUGAUUAGAGAUUAUAGCGAAGUUAGAGUGCUAGAAGGUUUUAGCGACGAAAUUAAUUUACGAUAAGUGCCUAUAAAUGUUUUAACGAAUGUACCUAAUUCCAAUCGGACUCGCGCGCCGCGUACCGCUCCCCGGAAUAUAGGUGAAGUUAAUUAUAAAUUCGGUUCCAAACACCAAUUAGCGAGUAAUGAUAUUGUAUAGAGACGCAAUACUUGUAAUGUACAUGACUUGUUGAUUUAUGUGUAUUUGUAUAAUUUAGUGGAGUCACCCGUUGAGUGAGGCACGGACGCACACGCGUUGUAUGAUAUGUGUAUAUUAUUUGAGAUUUAUGAAUGGUUCACGGUGUGCUCGCACGCGUUUCAACUGUCCGUAAACGUCUUUAUAUACCGUCGCUAAUACGCUUCGUGGAAUUUUGUGAGAAUCAUCAAAUAUUUCGCUUGUUAAGAUCUAGUCCAGACAAACGAAAUGAAAGUUUUAUGCGACGCUUUGUGAAUAACCUAAAUCCGUGUGUCAAGGGAACACACCAGCGAGUAGCUAGCGACCUUGUAGUCGCCGUGAAAGAGUUAAGGAUUUACGUUUCUAUUUUAUUUACGAACACGAUGUUAAAUUGAAGUAACGAUCCUUCAAUGAAUUAGUUUGUUUUGGCCUUUUGCUAUUCCUGUCGAGGGUGAUGUAGCUUAUUAUAACUGAUCACGAAAUUUUAAAACCACAUUCCUUUAUUUAAUAUUCUAACUUUUCCAUUAAAUAAGCAAAUCAAAGCCCUUUCGGGUUAGAUUUUUGUGCUUAAAUAAGAAAUAAACAAUAAUACAUUCACAUUUACAUAUGAAAAGAAAGGUUAGUUGAAACUCGUGUAAGCAUACCAAUGUAACGUGUAAAACACUAUAACUGCAUUUGUAUAAUGAAGAACUGAUCUUGUAUGGAUUAAGAAGUGUCGAAUGUGCGAUUUGUAAAUAGUUGACUUUAGUUAUUUCAUAAUUAUCUUUAGUUACGACCCUAUAAUGUUGCCAUUGCCUGUAUGAAUCCUUAGUCUCUUGAUUUGUAAGUGUUUUUUUUUUCAUGUUAAAUGCGAUUAUUGUUCGCCUGUGAAAUCAGGUUUUGGGCUAGGACAUUAUGAAAUUUUAGUUUUGAAGGGUAUGUUCAUGCUAAAACUUUUUGAUUAAUUGUGAACUACAUACAUACAACGCUGGUUUACUUGAUGAAAUUGAUUGGGAAGAAAAUUUGAUUAAUUAAUUAAUCAAUUUUUUUUAUUAUUAUAUAAUAGUAUGAUACGGGUCGAUAAAGAAUAGAUUCAAAUAGCUGCGUAUCAUAAACUAUUUCGAGCGAGACAACAUGCUAUCAAACGCUAUUGUACAAAUGAGAUACCAAGUAUUCAGAUGAAUUCAAUCUAUUCUUUAUUGGCACGGGUAAUUCGUUUUAUAUGAGAUGAACCUACCCUUAUAUUUUAAACAUAAAUGCCGCGUCAAUAUGAGAUUGUUUUAUUAUUUAAUAUUGUAGGGUAUCCGAUUUUAUUAAUUUGAUUUUUUUAUAUUAUACGCUCAUGAUUUUUGCCCCAGGUUUAUUUUAUUAUUCAUGUGUAUACAACGUGCUUCUAAUGGUUUGAAAGAUUGUACAUACGAUAUUUGAACUGAUAAUAAUAAAAAUUUUUAUUUCAUAAUGA